UUGUAGCCUUACCAAAGCUUAGCAUCUAAAACCAGUUCCUCUCCUUAGCCACCAAGAAACCCAUAACUCUACAUAAAACCAUCACAAGCUUUAAUCCCACAUCUUACUUCAUCUGCAAGAACAAGAACCUAUUACACAAUAAACACCUAUCAUAGUAGAGAGAAGAUAACUGGAGAUAUGAGUGCAGACUGGGGACCAGUGAUUGUAGCAGUGGCUCUGUUCAUCCUACUCUCACCAGGAUUGCUCUUUCAGCUACCGGCAAGGACAAGAGUGAUGGAGUUUGGUAACAUGAGCACAAGCGGCAUUUCGAUUUUGGUCCACGCCAUUAUUUACUUCUGUAUACUCACUAUCUUGGUCAUAGCCAUACAAAUUCACAUCCAUUUCUGAUCUUCUAGUAUAACAAAGGCGAGCUUCUCUGUAUUCAAAGUUUGCCUUUUUCAUCUACUUAUUUUGCUAAUCUCUGAUUCUUGGGCUCAUAGUGUUUCAAGCAGGGUGACUAAAAAAAAUGGUUGUAUGCAAAUAAAGAAUCUGUAAUUUUGUAUUUUCCCAAAUUCAAUUUAUAACCUUUAAUUACAAAGGUUCAGACUUUAUUUGGUAUAAAACAUUUACGAGCUCGCGUUACUCAAUCAUGACUCAAACAACAUCAACUGGUCUAAAACAUUUUGUAUUUUGAUUGUUUCCACAACUUUUUUUUCAUUAAUCUUUGAUUCUCUUUACUCAUACGGAUCCAAAAAGGUUCAAUUUUCAUUUAUAUUAAUCGCAAUGUUACAAGCUUAACGACUAAUAACAUAAUACAUUUUCAGUACAACACAACAAGUUUAUGUCUGUAAAUAAAAAGUAAAAGCUCUAAAAAAACAGAGAUCCAAAUCUAAGAAGAUUCUUGAAACUCCCCCAGAUCCAAUAAGGGGGUUACCUUUAUUUCGCCGGAAAACCUAAAUCAGCCGGUGGUGAUGUGGAGAUUGACAGCGAGGAUCAAGAUCGUGUAAGCAGCGAAGAAGAUGAGUGUGUGGACGGCGAUUGCUUUUCCGUUGGUUUUCAUUCCGCCGAAAUCUAGCGUCCGGUGAUGACCAGGCAACGAGAAGAGGAGACCGGGAGAGAGCAAUACGAACAGUACAACUCCGACGAGAACCGGAGCCCAAUCCGCCAUUUCCGGAUGAAAGUAGAAAAACGCAAAAGGUGACGAACGCCUUGCCUUUUUCGAUAAAGCGGUGGUGGGACUUGUGAAUGAGAGA